AUGGUGAAGGCGGACGUGCGGAGAGAUUACUAUGCGGACUUGGGUCUUGCUCCCAGUGCGGAGUCUGAAGACAUCAAGAAACAAUUCCGCAAGCUAGCUCUCAAGUUCCACCCAGACAGGAAUCCCGGAAGAGAACAAGAGUUCAUCGCAAAGUUCCAGGCUAUCCAAGCCGCUCAUGAGAUUCUGAGCGAUCCACAACAGAGACUUAAGUACGAUACGGAUCGUCUGCGCGCAGGAUAUGGCAAAGUAUAUGGUCCCUCGAAGACAAGUAACCAGCGCAGAUCCCAGACUACCCAAGCCCCCACAGCUGCUGCUCCCCAGCCUAGACCCCAAAGGACCCCAACUUCGCGUCCAUCGGCAUACAACAACGGGUGGGGAACUCCCGGUACGGCACCAAACGAGACGUCUGCUGGCGCCCAGAGAUACUCUGCGCAUGCCCGCGCGGACCCGCAACCAUGGGGUCGAGGGCAAGCUGACACGCAAACAAGGGCGGACGCGUAUAAGGGCUUUUCGGGGAUGAGAGGUUCCACCGCAGGAGCGUCAUGGCGAGGCUUUGAUCCCCAAACUGGACGGACGGCAGCUGGGAGCACGGCUGGUGGGGUGCCGAGACCGCAAAAUAUGCCAUUUGGAUCUGGAAACGGGACCCAGCGAUCAAAGUCCGCUUACGAGUAUUUUAAGGACAAUGCCAAAUCUCAAAAUAACACGCCCAGUCCUAACUCAUCUAGGAAGAAGCAAGGAUUUGCGCCAGGAACUACCAGCGGUGGAGAUGAGCCCCCAGCGAGAAACACGUCCGCUUACACUCAUCAUCGAAGUGAGAGACCAAGCAGCAUGUAUUUUGAUUCUGUACCGGCACCUACAGCCAAAAAGCAACCACCGCCAGCACCCGAGCCUCCGAAAUUCGCCGAGGACUUUGAACGGAACAGAAGAGGAUAUGCGUCAACAGGAGGUGAGAAGACAUUCUUCUCCAGUACACCACUCGGGCGACCCGCAAGCGCACAACAGUCCUCAGGAAGUUCCCGGAACCCCUAUUCUCGCGCCAGUUCAGGUUAUCCCAAAUCAGAGGAAAUCCAUGACUCUGCUAGUCCAAAAGCCAGAAGGAGAGAAAACUACUCCCCUUCUCCAUCCACGAGCUCAAGUGGUGAAUCCCACGAAUCGGAAGGCGAAUGGCACGAAGUACCACAUCGGCGUAACGGAAAACCAAAGGCUGUCCCCAAGAGCCGUCUGCGGCCUAAUCAAAAGUUCUCCGAUUUCCAUCGGCAAGUAGAUUCCGACAAUGGUAGUGGUGAGGAUCCUUUAACCCGGCCAGGCGUUAACCAUCGCGAGGAAGCGCCGCGCCGGCCAAUCAAAAACACCCGGAAACCUCGAAGGGUCCCUGGGUUUGGAGACCUUACGGCUGACAGUGAGGAUACUAAAGGACACAAUUCAGAUAGCGCCGCAUUCACCCAAGGCUCAACUCGCCCACAACAAAAUUCUGGUUCUCCGGACUUGAACAACCGGUACGUGGCCCUCUGGUAUCUUUUCAUAUCAACCCAAGGGGACUCGGACUCAUAUAAGGACAGAACAACGGACUCGUCGAAGGAUACUCCCAGAUUCAAGUAUGAGGUCUUUGGGCACCGGAGCACCAGUGACGUCAACAACCUCCACAAGAAAUUUUCUGCCGAAGAUUGGAGAGACCACAUGGAGGGAUUCGAUUUCCUCGGUGCUUCAGCUUCGAAGCUGAAUGGGGCUCGCAGCUCUCCUAAUUCAAGGCCCCGGAGUCGUGCUAAUCCGCAGGAGGAUUCAGCGGAGUCGGUUCAUGCGACUAGGGCCGCUGAGUCCAACGGCUUUACGAGCGGAUCCCAGGAAGAGCUCCAGCAGACUCCAACUCCAUUUGCGCGGGCCAAGUUUUCUGCCGACCAGUGGUCUGAACAACUUCGCGAUCUAUCCUGGAAUAUUCCCGACGGUGAAAAACAGCGGGCGGCAGCACAUACUCCACCUCGCAGUCCAAGGAAGCAAUCAAAGGCAGGCACGAAGUUACGAAGUACCCCGAAGGGUGCGACUGUCUCAUCCGAAGCUGAGGAGGCAACAGAGACGGUCAAUGGUAAUUUUGCACCUGGUGAAUCGGUUCCCAAUGUUGGAGAAUUUGGUGAAGAAGCUUGGGCUGGCCCAGAUAUUGAGGCCAUGGAUAUUGAUAUGGAGUCGCCACAUGUGCCAAAGAAGACAUCUAUUGGAGCUACGCAAAGUUCCGGCUAUCCAGAUCUCAGUCACGUCGCUCAGGAGGUCCCUGCUGCGAGCACAAAGCCUCAACCACCGAAAGCUGCAGCUGGUAAAUCAAAUGCAGAGGCACGCAUCCCACUUUUUGAUCUCGAGAAUCUUCGCAACAUUGCACCUUUCACCAGUACCAAUAAUGGUGGAAUUGAGAACUUGGACGAUGUCCAUGCCACUUUGCCAUUUGAGUCCCGCGCCAAGGAACAAACUACGACGAAGCGUGACAUUCUUCCUCGCGAGCUGAAACUCCCAAACCCCCCCAAAAGACCCUCCGUACCGCAGAUUGUGAUGUUUGCACCAGGUACACAGGUCCUCUCAAUUGAUAAAUGGAAGCACUACGUCUCGGCGAUGGGUACAUAUAUGCAUGACUGGAAUGUCUUUAAUAGCCGCAUAUUACUCUAUUUCAGAGCUCGUCAAGAAGCUGUCGAGACAGGUCUCUCAUCCAACUGGAUCAGUGCGGUCGGGGACUCAGCUCGCCUCAAGAUCAAUGAUGACGACGAUGCAGAUGACAACAACAAGUCCCAUUCCCACGACUCCUUUGAGGAUUUCGAGGAGACUCUUGUUGCUGGAAGCGGCAAGGGUGGGUUUAACGCUUAUCUGCGCGGGAUUCAAGAGGAUAUUCAGGUCCGCAAGCAUUGGGAAGUUGCAUGUGAACUGCAUCGGGAAUGUAUUCUUGAUCUUGGUCGCCUGCGAGAGUGGAUCCAUAAUGGUGGACGAUUGGUUUCUUUCUCCACUAUAUGA